GCUGUCGCGCAGAUAAUCCGCGGAAGUUUCCAUUUUUACCCUCCCUCUUCCCUUCUUAUCCGCGUUAUCUGCUGGAUGAUCGCCCUCUUGAUCGACAACGCGGCAUCUGCGCAAAAGAAAAAGGAAAGACGAGCGAAAUGAUGAUGCUUCCGUGAAUCUGAGUUGCGGGCAGCCCACCCUUCCCGGCAAGUGAGUGCAUCAUGCAAGGAACCAUGCAUCGCCAAAGAUGGGGCAUUUCUUUUCCUUCUCCCUGCUUCUGUUCCCCCAUUAUCCCCCUCUUCGUCUUUCUAGUUUUAGCAGCAUGUAAGCUUGAUUCGCCCAGGCCCCUGGCCGAUCCAGCAAAGAAAAGCUCGAUCGGAGUGAUUGAAAUGCAAAUCAUGCAGAUGGAAUUUCAUGCUCGGCUUUCGGAGCAGCAUGACCCUGGGGCUCCAAGACCCCGCCGCAGACUGCAUCCACGGCGUGUAAGUGGACGGUUCUCGCGAGCAUCAUCUUGGCCAAAAGAGUCAUAUGGCUUGUCUGGUGGUGUGCCCUAGUCUCAGCUUACGAGACGCUCUGCUGUUUUGACACGCCCCGCAAAACUGAAGCCUCUUUUUUCUUUUGUCGUCCCCGCGCAGUUCUUUUUCUGGUCGUGUCGUUGGAGCUUGUCCAACACGGGCCGCUCAUUCGCCGCCUUCUUAGCCCAGCCCAACCUCUCAAGCUCUUCCAUAUUCUGACUUGGACGCUGCGCAAAUCUUGGAAUGCUCUAGCUCGGGCCACACCGUUUUUUUGUCAUUGAUGGCUUCGAACCGGUCCAUGGGCUGCAUGCCUCAUGCGGCAAAUAUUGGCUCUCCUCACACCACCAACGCAACGGCCUUCAGCCUCUGCCCUUGAAGCGUCUCUCAUGACUCGACCCGGGCGAGCAGCUCAACAUGGUGUCUCCCACGGCGAUUUGUGAGAUGUGAUAGGGCCGUACACCAUCCGUGGACAUCUGUGGACCAGCCCCAGACACAUCCCUCCUCCAUAGGCCGCCUUCACGUGGGCGCAGCGCUUCGCAUCUCCAGCCUGCUGAUGACCGUCAAAGGGCAUCUGGGCCUCACAAGGCCACGCCCACCACCCCCGUCCAACCGGCACCACUAGUAGCACUAUGAGCGACUAUGAGCUGCAUUGGUGACGUUUUAAUCCCGGUUGGGAUAUCUCAGUUGCUCACCUUGUCCAGUCGGCAUACCCGCUGCCCUGCAUUGCAUAUAUAGUCUGCGGCUGAUCUCGCUGCCUCAACUCCAGGCUCACUCGCUUUCUUUUGGGCUGUCAUCACCAAGGCUUCUUUUGAAUAUUCUGGACAACGUUGUUCGUUGGUCCAUUGUGAAGGAUUUCGUCUCUUUGCUCUCCGUGGCUGUUCACCAUCAUCCCGUCGGCGGCGCCGUCCCAGCCACUGACACCUAUCCCUCGUUUUUUCCUCAUUUUCUGUCACUUUUCCUCAUCGCUUCCAAUCACACGUGGAUAAAUAAGGGCUUAUCCCAAGAGGCUUGCUCAUAAUUUCACCCACCGUCUGAGUCACCCAAUAAGGUUGCAGCGUGAAGGCAUCAACAUAAAGUCCUGUUACACCUACCUAGUGCCGGCUCUGUCUGCCUACGAGUCCUAUUUAAAACCCCUGCAAUCCCGCAUUUUCUCAAAACUCUGCCUCUUCCCCAGGCAAAACUGUUUUUUUCAUUCCAGCAAUGCCCAUGGAAUCCGUCUUCUCCUCUCGCCGAGAAUCCUGGCCACCAACCAAGAUCCGCUUGACUCCCACAAACAUGUCCAUCAAGAAGCGAUCUAGCAUUGAGCCUCGACCGCUGCUUGAGGAUAUUGAUGACAAUCCUCUCACCUAUUUCCUCACUCCCAUCCCCGACGAGGAUGAGGACGAUGAGAUGAUGAUGGACCUGGACUUGGACGUGGACAUGAUGGACUUUGACGCUGGCAUCGAAGACGCCAGCCAGCCCCGCGAGGCUGUCCGCAGCGUCAGCCCUUCUUCUCUCGAGGGCCUUCGCAAGCCCGACAGCAUUCGCCCGGCCACCCCAGAGUCCGACUCGGAUGCCCUCACCACCGAUGACGACGACGAAGAGGAAUACAUUCGCUUCUCCCCGGCAUCGCCCUCGUCGAUGCUCUCGCCACUGCGCGAUCUUGCCAUGGAGAGCCUUCGCUUCAGAGCAAAGACGCCCGUCUUCGGCCUCACUACCAAUGCCCUGCUCUCUCCCAACUCCUUCCCGGCACCCACCGGCAGCAGGGGCAGGGGCAGGACAAACAACCGCUCAUCUCCCCGCCUGCAGACCAGGAGCCUUUCAGCUCGUGUGCGGGAGAACCACCUCUGGAGGGAACCCAGUCCCGACGUGUGGUCCAUUGAAGAGGAGACUGAAGAGGAGUUGAUGAGCGACGGGGGCGUAGACAUUGCGGCUGCAAAGACAAAGAAGAGGGUGCGCUUCGUGCUCCCAGACAACCAGUAAUGAUGCGAAGUAUCAUCAUC